AUGAGAGGCACUUUCCCGGGGAGUCGGGGACGAGGAUUACCCCCUGGUCCUCCAUGCAUACCCCUCAUAGGGAACGUCCUGCAGCUCCCCACGACCGGGAUCCAUCUCAAAUUUACGGAAUGGGCCAAAGCCUACGGUCCCAUCUUCUCCCUCAAAAUUGGCUCGUCCACCACGGUCGUCAUCAAUUCCCCUCCCCUCGUCAAGCAUAUUCUCGAUAAGCAGUCGGCCAUCUACAGCCAUCGGCCUAACAUCUACAUUGCUAGGGAGCUGAUCCUGCGAGGGGAUCACAUGAUGUUCUUGAACUUGGGGGAUGCGUGGCGCCGAGGCCGCCGACUCUACCAUCAACAAUUUAACGAGACGAGGUGUGAGAAGCAGCACGUCAUUCUGCAAAACGCCGAGGCGAUCCAGAUGCUACGCGACUUCUGCCUCAGCCCAGAGGCCCUGAUGAGCCACCCCAAGCGCUACAGCAACAGCAUCAUGAUGAGCAUUGUCCUUGGAAUUCGCACCAUGACGCCCGACACCGCUCAUAUGAGAGGGCUCUAUCACUUUCUCGAGGGGCUGUCGGAGAUUCUCGAAAUCGGCGCCACCCCUCCCGUGGAUAUUUUCCCCAUCUUCAAAUACCUGCCGGAGUCCUGGUUCCACAACUGGAAAUCCCGAUCUCGCGCCGUUGGGGCCCUUCUCACCCGUCUCUACGAACCCUUGAUUGACCAUGUGAUUCGGCGACGCAACCGAGUGGGGAGUAAAGAAUGCUUUUUGGAUAAUGUGCUGGAUCAGCAGGAGAAGUUGGGUCUCUCGGAUCGGGAUAUUCUGCUCAUGGUGGGCAACCUCCUUGAGGGCGGCUCCGACACCACCGCCAGCAUGCUGUUGAUUUUCAUUCAGGCCAUGCUCAAGUAUCCCGACAUUCAGACACAGGUACAGGCCCAGAUAGAUAGUGUCGUGGGUGAAGAUCGCUCACCCACAUGGGACGAUUAUGCCCGCCUACCCAUGGUGGCCAUGGUGGUCAAGGAGUGUCUGCGCUGGCGCCCGGUCGCGCCGACUGCGUUUCCACAUGCUGCCAAAGAAGAUGGUGAAAUCGAUGGGAUGAGGAUCCCCAAAGGAUCGACCGUGGUGCUCAAUGUCUGGGGCCUCCACCAUGACCCCGAUCGCCACGCUGACCCGGAUAUCUUCAACCCCUGGCGAUACGCCGACCGCACUUUACCAGCACCAUGCUAUGCGUCGAGUCCCGAUUACGAAAACCGGGAUCACUACGCUUACGGGGCCGGGCGACGCAUCUGCCCGGGCAUUCAGCUAGCGGAACGCGGGUUGUUCAUUGGAAUUGCCAAGAUGCUGUGGGCCUUCGAGAUAUCCGAGCCGGUCGAUCCACAGACGGGCAGGCCGAUUCCCGUGGAUGUCGACCCGGUGACAGGCUACUUGGAGGGAUUCUUAAACUGUCCCAAGGAUUUCCAAGCGACGGUUCGAGUGCGUUCCCAGCGACGCCGGAAGACGAUCUUCCGAGAAUUCGACGCGGCAGAGCAGGAAGUGUUUCGUCACUAUGAGUGUUUAUGA